GGCUAAGCUAGUGGGAGCAAAGUUUCAGUGCAUUCCGUUGAUGUAGACGGCGUGAAAACGGAAACAACAAGUAUGCCGUCUCACUGUGCUGCAUACAAUUACACACUGCGUCGUACGAUUGACACAAGGAAACUUGGAAUGACUUUUCAUAGGUUUCCCAGAGACUAUGGGUUGAGGAGGAAGUGAAAGUUUGUCGGCUUAGACCUGGUGCCAUUCCGUCAGUGUUAAACUUCCUGGCUCAUCUUGGAAGAGUACGUGCCAGAAAGACCACGACCAAGCAGCCUUGAGAUCUUAGGCAGCGUCUCCCUGAGGUCCCUCUCUAUCUCCCCACACAUCCACCAACCACUGGUGCACAUCUCCAAAGUUCUGCCGGGCCAGCUCAGCUUCCCUUCAGAAGAAGUUCCACCAGAUGAAGGAGCCUUUUGAGAGGCAGCUGGCAUCGUGAUUGGACUGUACUUUGGUCUGUUCCAAUCCAGCUUCAGCCCCAGAGACGGCAGGCGGGACGAGUCAACGGAAGCCGGGUGGACGAAGGCAUGCAGCUGAGUACAAUCCAGAAAACAACAGAGGAGGAGUGCAGUGGCCCAGGACCAGAACAAACAGUAGCAUGACCAAAGAACUACAGACUCUUCACAACCUGCUCAAACUCUUGGUACAGGACCUCACCACACGGUCAAGAAGGUUUCCUUCUCCUCAUUUCUACUCUGAAGCUCACCUUCUCCUGCUCAAACUGCUGACAAAUGUUUCUGCUGCUCUAAAGUCUGGUCUCCAGAACUUCCUAAAAACUCUCCAAGUGUCUUCUGCUGCAGGUUGCUAUGUAGAACUGUUGCAGAAAACCUCACUAAACCACAUGGAGGGGCCUCAAGAUAGUCGUCCAAAUGAAACUGUACAAAAACCAAACUAGCACAACCCAAACACUAAAGUCUCCUGCAGCCUACCAGAGAACCUCUGAAAACAGAGAAUCAGGACAGGAACUCUUACCUUCUGGACAACCAACGCUGGUUCUCAAACAAGAAUACAGAAUGUGUCUGACCAAAAACCUCUGAAGACUCACUACAGCCAAGAUAAAGACACAGCUGCACCAAAUCCACUAAUCACUGCACACAUUAGCACCAUGUGCUAACUGUGGCUAAAGAACCUCAUUUACCAAGACAACUAUCCAGUACAAAGCCCGAAAACACACCAAGAAACACAUUAAAGCCGAUUUUACUGCUGGAAGCUGCAAGCCAACGCCUAAAGAACUAACUAAAGCAACAGAGCCAAACCCAGUUCAGUGGUGAAGAGAAGCAGAGGAAAUGUUUGUCUGCAGCUAAAUAAAGCAGGAAGACACUGAGCUGCUCAGGUGUUCCUGAUAACACCAAGCUGCUCAGGUGUUCCUGAUAACACCAAGCAGCCACCUGGACAGCCAAUAGGAACACAGCUUCCUGGAAGUCCAGAGGGCUGGCUUAGUGAAGGAAAUUUAAUUUAAAGUUGAAGCAGAAAGUUAAUAAAGAAAGUUGAAAACCACCUUCUGAUUCCUGAAAUCUCUGAGUUUUUACACAAAGAACACCUGAACAUGUCAAACUGGUUCCAUAGUAGAACCAUCAUUGUAAAAAUGUCAUAGUAUGGUGUGUUGCUCAAAAAACAUUAGGACCUGGCUGUCAGGGGACAAACAUGUAAGAAACAUGAGAACAGAGAGAACCCAACCAGUAGGUCACAGUUUAUCAUCCCCCAGUCAUCUCCUGAAGUCCAUAUGGUGAGAGACAUCAGUAUCUGGUUGUUAAUUUACUAGAGGAUGCUUAUAAUCAUGCUGAUGUGGUCUGUACUCUACAGUAUUUUAGUGACUCAAUAAAUGCCUAAGUUGUUUUUUUAAAAAUGCUUUUUAGUUUUUAAUGAACAUUUAAUAGCCUAUAUGUAAUCAAUAAAUGGCCUUUGCCUCUAUUAAGAAAAAUUCACUCAGAACUCUGAUAUGUUAACAGUACUAAAUAAAUCAAUAAAUACAUGCAUACACACAUAAAUAAGUUAAUACAUUAACUGUGUUAAGAUUUAGAUUUUAAAAAAAGUUGUUUAUGUUUUUGCAGAAUCCUGUAUUGCUCACUGGUUGGUCAUUACAUUUUGUUCGUUUGAUUUCACUGUUUAAAAUGAUGCCACCUCUUUUCAGACAGAACCUGUGAUAAUAAAACAAUACAAAAUUUUUAGGUCCGUGUUAAUAAAGCACUUAAAGCUUUAAGUAUGGCUAAAUGCUUUUUUCAAAAUUAAAUAUAUCACUCCUUAGGUGGUAGUGGCCCCAAGUUCAGUAAAGCUGGAAAGAUAUUCACAGAUUCACACUUCCAGCAUCAAUAACUCGUUAGAUAUAGGUUGUCAAAACAUAAACGGUGCCUCUUUCCCAUUGUUGCAAGGCAGACAAUGUGCUACAAGCCCAGUUUUAUCAAAAGUAGCUGUCUUUCAAGCUACAGGAAUAAGAUUGGUGUCUAUGGAGUGAACAGGGUCCUUCUGCAAUUUGCAAAACCGCUGCAACAGUAAAGAGAGACAAAUAUUCAAUAACUUCACUCUUAUACAUUGUAGUGUCACUAAAAUCACUGCAGCCUUCAACUGGCUCCUGUUGACAAAGUGUUUUAACAGAAAUGUAAAUGCUGUAAUUUGAUUCUUUUAAUGAACCAUGUAACUUGAAUGGAUGUGAUGCUGGUGUGACCACAGUGCACACAUCUGAUGUUGCUCACAGUGGUCCAAGGAACUGCUCAGGGAGUUUGUGUGUUUGCUCAGACUCAUGAAAAAUUAGAGGGAACAUUGGACACAAGUAGCGUUGAAUGCUACGCGGUUGCCAUGGCGACGACAUGUAAACAUCUCCCCUCAGCCAGUCCGACGUCCUGCUUCUAAAAAAUGUCGAAAAUGUCUGCUAUGAACAGAAAAGUGAUACAAACUCUCGCUGAAACGAUCUCCAAACAAGUGGAGCACUUCAAUAAAACGGAAGCUGAGUGCCUUAUCCGAGAGUUUAACCUCCUGCUGGGGGAGCCCACCAACAAUGGGAGAACAGUCCAGGGCCUGGACAGAGCGAGGUUCAGGAGCAUUCUGCACCAUACGUUUGACCUGACCGACGACAUAAUAAUGGACGGAGCCUUCAGGGCGUUUGACAAAGACAAUGAUGGCAUUGUCAGUUUGAAAGAGUGGAUCGAGGGACUGUCUGUUCUUCUUCGGGGGACCUUGAAUGAAAAAAUAAAAUGUAACUUUUCAACCUUACUUUCUGUGUUGAAGUGCUCUCUCUUUUUCAUACAAAGUUACAAGCUUAUCCAGCUAACAACCCUUCUCUUAUUCUGUGGCUCAGACUGCUUUCACGUGUAUGACUUGAAUGGUGACGGCUUCAUCACCAGGGAGGAGAUGUUUCGCUUGCUGAAAAACAGCCUCGUCAGACAGCCAACUGAAGAGGACCCCGAUGAAGGAGUCAAAGACCUGGUGGAGAUCACACUCAAGAAGAUGGACCAUGAUCACGAUGGCAAACUGUCUUUUGAUGACUUUGAGAAGGCAGUGCGAGAGGAGAACCUAUUGCUUGAAGCAUUUGGAACCUGUCUUCCUGACUCCACGAGUGUUGAGGCAUUUGAGCAAUAUGUAUUUCAAGAACAGCUGGAACAAUAAAGAAAGAAACCAUAUUAAUGCA